GGGUCUUUUGUUGAAGAACUGGAUGAAACCGUUUGUGAUAAUGUUCCAUAUACUUCAGUUACACGAUUUAGUUGAAUUGUACCAAAAACAAUAGUUUUCUCGCACGCACAAGCCUAGUUCAGUGAUAUAUAUAUGAGGACCCAGACCAGAGUGGACAAUAGGACGAUAUUGGAGGCGACUACUUUGUUUCGAUCACGUGACGUUAAAACAAUAGAGGAUAGACACGAAAUAGAAUCUGAUACACGUUGCUAAUGUAGUAUUAUGAGUUGUUUCCAAUACGACGCUGCUGUAGUCGCCAGUGAAUAAAGCUCUCUGUGAAAGUUCAGUUUUGCGUUGAAAAUAAUUGCGAAGACAAAAGAAAAUAUGAUGCAGCAACAAAAUAUUUACGAGCAGCCCAUAUACCAUCAGCCCAUGGCUGCUCCUGCCGCAGGCGUUGUGGUGACUCAAACUACUGUGCAAAACAAGAGUUCAAUGAGACAAGCAAUUCCGGCAUUUCCGAUGCCUUUAGCAGUUAUUCUGGCCAUAGUGAAUUUCCUUCUCCCAGGAUUUGGUACGAUUUUCGCUGGAUUUGGAGUUUUAUGUUGCGGAAAUACUGAUCAAUCCGGUGGUGGAAGAGUUGGGACGUUCUGCAUCAACUUUUGGGUGGGACUUCUACAACUCCUAACUGCAUCGCUUCUUAUUGGAUGGGUGUGGAGCAUUAUAUGGGGAAUAGCGUUCAUAGCAAGCGCUGGGGAAGAAGGCAGAACGACCACAACGACAACAACUGCCGUAGUUGGUCCUCCAGUCGCCCAACCCGUGCACUAUCACACGCACAGUCUUCCCACAUAACUACAUAAAAUACGAAAAACGACUGAUUUAAUGGCAUUUUACGAUAUUUCAAGAUAAAAACAAUUCUGAAAAUAAAAAAGUGGUUUAAUAAUAUCUCAUAAACAGACCCGAAAAUAUUUAUAACUAUAAGCAUCUAAAAUAAUGUGUAAAAUUCCAGUUAAUCUGUCGUUUUUUCUGUAUAGUGCUGUGAUCGUCAAUUCUUUUAUUUUUAUAUGUGUAAAAUUAUAUGGUAAUUAACUGAGCAUUUAUUCAAUUUACUUUCUUUAUUUAUCUAAAUCCCACUAUCAAUUUUUUUGAGUUCUCAAUUUUUGUUUAGCAUAUCUUAUUCAUUGAUUUUGAAUUACUUUAUAAUGUUACAUCUUAUACAUUAGAAUUGCACAAUUAUUUCCAGUCAACUGUUGUCAUUUUUACUGUAAAUUACUAAAUUACUGAAUAUUAACACAUUAUGAUCACAUUUUUAAUAUUGUAUUGUUGUAAAAAUUACGUUAAAAUAUGAUAAUGGAGCGCCGGUUCUCAGAAUAAAAACAAUCUCAUAAAUUGCUAAUAGAAUUUAACCAGAAAUGAAGCUAUUCAACUUUGGCUCACGUGAAAUAUAACAAUAAUUCGUUAAAUCUUUCUUCCUAUUCUUCAAGCAUUGUUUUAUUUGAGUCAAAGUAUGAUAUAAAUAAGAG